AUGGAUGGUCUAUCUUCGGUGGCGAGCGUUAUCGCGGUUGUCCAAGUAACAGGAAGCAUCGUGAAGCUUUGCGGGGGGUACAUUCGAGAGGUUAAAGAUGCACGGGACGAAGUUAUUUCCCUACAACGGUCGAUUGAAGGCAUCCAAGGGACGCUACAGGACCUGCAGAAAUGUCUUCAAAGUGACGACGGAAAGGCCCUACCUGCCUCCUCACGACUAGCCAACAAUAUUACCGAUUGCCUCUCCGAUCUCCGAGCCUUAGAAGCAAAGCUUGAUCCCGGAAAGGGAAAGAUGCUGAUGAGGAAAGUGGGAUUACGAGCACUGAAGUGGCCCAUGAAGCGCGCAGAAGUGGAAAGCGUGAGACAGAAACUCGAGAGAUAUAAAUCUUCAUUCCUUUUGUCCCUACAGGUGGAUCAAGCGUCUCUGAUGGUCGGCGUGGCCAAGAAUACCGACCGCAUUAAUCAGAAUAUGGACCUUGGGAAGUUGGAAGGCGUGAUGGAGGCAGGGUUUGAGUCAUUCUCCGAUCGAGACGAAGCCAAAUGUCUCCAAGGCACUAGGACUGAGCUCCUUCAGCAGAUAAUGGAAUGGGCUAUGUCGCCGUCCCAAGAAAAAUGCAUUUUCUGGUUAAAAGGAAUGGCUGGGACAGGAAAAUCCACAGUAUCUCGGAGUGUGUCCCAGUCGCUCAAGGACACCAACCACCUAGGCGCCAGCUUCUUCUUCAAGAGAGGUGAGGGAGACCGAGGGAACGCGAAGAAGUUUUUCCCAACAAUAACAAGGCAACUCAUUCUCAAGAUUCCUGAGCUAAGGUCUGGCGUGCAGAAGACACUCAAUAACGACCCUGACAUUGCUUCAAAAUCGCUCAUGGAGCAGUUUGAGAAACUACUCCUUCACCCGCUGCUCAAUCUUGACCAACUGGGUGGGCAAUCUCAAACUGCUGUGAUGGUGAUCGAUGCUUUGGACGAAUGCGAACAUGAUCAAGAUAUCCGAAAUAUAAUUCGUCUACUGCCUCUUCUACAGAAGGCAAAAUCAGUUCGCCUUCGGAUCUUCUUGACCAGCAGACCUGAACUCCCAAUCAGACUCGGGUUUUCAGAGGUGGGGGACCAAGAAUAUCAGGACCUAGCUCUUCAUGAGAUACCCGAAGAAGUGACUGAACGUGACAUACAUUUAUUUCUACAAGACCGAUUUAAGAAAAUCAAACAUGACAGAAAUAUCUUCGAGGACUGGCCUGGCGAUAACAUCAUCCAAGAACUGGUCAGAAUAUCUGUUCCACUGUUUAUUUCAGCUGCCACAGUGUGCCGCUACAUCGAAAAUUCAAAAUGGGAUCCCAAAUUGCGCCUCGCAGAGCUUCUAAAGGACCAAGCCAGAUAUGUGUCAAGAAUGGAUAAGACAUAUCUGCCAAUUCUGACGCAACUACUCAAUGAUCAAGACAGUGAUGAGUCGGAACAGCAGCAGCUCCUACAAGAGUUCCAGGACAUCACUCUCGAGGGCCAUUUAGGCGCGGUUGAUUCGGUGGCCUUCUCGCCUGAUGGCCGGCUGCUGGCGUCCGGCUCUUCUGAUGAUACAGUGCGGCUCUGGGACCCUUCCACGGGCGCCCUACAACAGACUCUCGAGGGCCAUUUAGGCGCGGUUAAUUCGGUGGCCUUCUCGCCUGAUGGCCGGCUACUGGCGUCCGGCUCUUCUGAUCACACAGUGCGGCUGUGGGACGCGGCCACAGGCGCCCUGCAACAGUCCAUCAAGUGCCAUUCAGACUGGAUCGCACAAUACGGCUCUGGGAUCGAGCCACAGGCUCCCCUGCAACAGACUCUCAAGGGCCAUUCAAGCUGGGUUUAUUCAGUGGCCUUCUCACCUGAUGGUCGGCUGCUGGCGUCCGGCUCUCAUGAUCGCACAAUACGGCUCUGGGAUCGAGCCACAGGCUCCCUGCAACAAACUCUCGAAGGCCAUACAGACUUGGUUCGGUCCGUGGCCUUCUCGUCCGACGGCCGGCUGCUAGCGUCUGGCUCUGCUGAUAACACAGUGCGGCUCUGGGAGCGGGCCACAGGCGCCCUGCAACAAUCUCUCGAAGGUCAUUCAAGCAUGGUAUCUUCAGUGGCCUUCUCACCCGAUAACCGGCUGCUGGCGUCCGGCUCCUUUGAUCAUACAAUGCAGCUCUGGGACACCGCCACGGGCGCCAUGCAACAGACUCUCAAAGGCCAUAUGAGCUUGGUUCAGUCGGUGGCCUUCUCGCCCGACGGCCGGCUGCUGGUGUCCGGCUCCCUUGAUGACACAGUACGGCUCUGGGACCCGACCACGAGCGCCCUGCAACGGUCUCUCGAGGGACAUUCAGGUCAGGUUUGUUCAGUGGCUUUCUCACCUGAUGGCCGGCUGCUGGCGUCCGGCUCCUUUGAUCAUACAGUGCGGCUCUGGGACACGGCCACGGGCUCCCUGCAACAAACUCUCGAAGGCCAUACAGACUUGGUUCGGUCGGUGGCCUUCUCACCUGAUGGCCGGCUGCUGGCGUCCGGCUCUUCUGAUGACACAGUGCGGCUCUGGGAUGCGGCCACGGGCGCCCUGCAACAGACUAUCAAGUGCCAUUCAGACUGGGUUUAUUCAGUGGCCUUCUCACCUGAUGGCCGGCUGCUGGCGUCCGGCUCUCAUGACCGCACAAUACGGCUCUGGGAUCGAGCCACAGGCUCCCUGCAACAGACUCUCAAGGGCCAUUUAAGCUGGGUUUAUUCAGUGGCCUUCUCACCUGAUGGCCGGCUGCUGGCGUCCAGCUCCUUUGACCGCACCGUGCGGCUCUGGGACCCAGACACGGGCGCCAUACAAGAGAUUUUGGACACUGAACGCGCUAUCGUGGAACUCGAAUUCUCUCAAGAUGAUUCAAUCAAGGUGUAA